CCGCCAAAUCUGACUGACGGGCGCGAGGCAGCAACGGGAUCCAGGCAGAGGGAGUGUGUGGGAGAUGCCGCUAGAAUAAAAUUAACUUAGUCUUAAAAGUAAUACAACCCAGUCAUCGUUAUAUUUGCAUGAUAUUAGUGUUACUCUGGAAGACCUGUCAAUAUUGCUACUUCAUAUGGUUUUGUGUUAAUGCAACGCUUUUCCGCACAAGGAUAUCAAAAGUGAGGGAAGUUCUCGGAUGGUGAUGCUGGCGGCGGAAGAUCCAUCCGUGGACGGGUAUUUAGCAUCCACUCCACGGAGGAGAGGUAUGGAUGGCAAAGUCAAACCCAGCAAUGCUAACAAGAAGCUUGUUCAGGCUCGUCUUCCAUUCAAGCGUCUAAACCCAGAGCCCAAGGAGACCAGUGAGCCCAAAAGGACCUGCACCCUUUCCCGGCCUGGGCUCUCAGAUGGGGAGAAUGAAUCCGAUUGCUCCCCCCUACCUGUGCGCCAUGGACCGGCCCUGGUUAACGGCCGCGGCCCCCUGGAUGGAUUCAUGAGUCGCAGUACCCAAGRGUCCCCUGCCAAAAGCAUAGUUAUUGAUCUCACUGAGGACUCCAAUUCAACUGACCUUUUAAAGCAGCAACCUGCGACACCCAUUGUUGCCCCGUGUCCUCAGACACAAAACAACCACCUGAGCAAAACCCUAAGUGCUGUAACAGCCACCAAAACAGAUCACACUGCCAAGACAGAGCCCAUAGACUACAAGCUGGGGGAUGAACAGAAGGAUGAGGAGAAGGACAGGGGGGGCACUGGAUCCAUCUCACAGUUAGACACCACACAGGGUUCUGACACGGAAGAGGAGGAGGAAGAAGAAGAGGGGGAGGAUGAAGAACAAGAGGAGGCUGAUAUGUCCAGUCAUGGGAAUGGGUCCAUGCUUUCUCCUUCAUCCACCAMCUCUCUGUCAGCGGCCGAGAGCUCCCCAGAGGCUGCUAAGACAGAGAACACUCCUACUGUCACAGAGCCAAAUACCACCCCUAAAAUAGAGCAGAAAACUGUGAAAAGACUAUCUUUAAAGAGUUUGCAGGAGCAAGAGGAGAGGCUACACCAGCGCAAAGAGAGAGAGCGGCAGCGGGAGGAGGCUAAAGAUGCUAAAGAGAAGAAGAAAGAGGAGGCUCGCAAACUGAAGGAGGAGCGGGAGAAGGAAAGAAAGGAGAAAAAGAAGAAAGAAGAGUGUGAAAAAAGAGAGAAAAAGGAGAAAGAGGAAAAGGAAAAAGCAGAGAAAUUAAGAGCGAAAGAGGAGCAACGCAAAUCGAAACAAGAGGCAAAACUUGAAGAAAAGAGAAAGAAAGAGGAGGAAAAACGGUUGAAAGAAGAGAAGGAUAGGCUCAAAGCAGAGAAAGCCGAGAUCACAAGAUUUCUACAGAAACCCAAGACUCCCCAGCAGGCCACAAAGACCCUUGCGUCUGCCUGUGAAAAGUUUGCCCCGUUUGAGAUAAAGGAGCACAUGUGUCUGGCGCCGCUGACCCGAGUCCAAUGUGCGGAGGCGGUCCUGGAGGAACUGGACAGGUACCUGGCUAAACCUGAUGGAAGCCUGGAUGGCCUGAGUGACUGGACCAGAAAUAAGCCCCGCAGAUCAGGCCAGACCAAGGCCAGAAGCACAUACCCUAUGAGGGAGUGUAUAGCGGUGGUGGAGGGGCCCAAACCGGACGGUGUGCCUGACCGGCAGCACUACGGCCGCAUGAAGCUCCUUCAGUUCCGUGAGAACUACCGGCCUGCCUACUGGGGCACGUGGAGGAAAAACAGCCCCCACAUCUCCCCUCGCUGCCCUCUCAGACAGGACAAGGACCUGUUGGAUUAUGAGGUGGACAGUGAUGAGGAGUGGGAGGAAGAGGAGCCAGGAGAGUCCCUGUCACACAGUGAAGGGGAGGAUAAUGAUAAUGAUGGAGGUGAAAAUGAUGACGAUGAUGAGGAUGGUUUCUUCGUACCACAUGGAUACCUAUCAGACGGGGAGGGGGCAUUGGAGGAAGAGGAGGGUGGCGACCCAGAGAAGCAGAAGGUGCGUCAGAAGCUGAAGGCCCGGGAGUGGGAUGAGCUGAUGGCCAAGAAGAAGGUUAAGGUGCUAGAGGCUGUGGUGAGGGGCUGUGUGUGGGAGGGACAGGGUCCCCAUCUGGAGCUCUUGCAGCAGUUUGCGGUGUGCCUGCUGGAACCCCUGCCCAAGCCAGAGUCCUCCACCCCAGAGGACAACACACAGAAACUGCAACAGAAACUACAAGAAGAUGAGCAGCUGCUGUUCCAGUUGUUGCCCCUGCUACAUGGAAAUGUGAACAGUAAUAAGGUGAUCAUCACAGAGUUCCAGGUGUUUUGUCGCCAGCAGUCGACCUCGCCCAUCUCCAGCCCUCAGAACUCAGGAGACAACAUCCCCACCAGGAUCCGUCUAAAGCGCCUUAUCAAGGGGAAUGCUGUGUAUGAGAAGCGCUCAGCCUUCAGACGCUGCUGCUGGUACGUCAAAUCAGACGUCCUGGCUCGCUUCCUCCAGGAGGCCCUCCCUGUACCCUGCCAGUGGAACUACCUCACUUCAGGGACCCAUGUGCCCCGUGAAGAGGCCCCAGUGGCCACAGGCUCACAGGGCAACUCCCCAACCACCCACCAGCCGUCCCACACGCCAUCCUCCAAGACCCCCUCCUCCAACAAGAGGAAGAGUGCCGGCAGCAUGUCCAUCACCAAGUUCAUGAAGAAGGCUGCCGACCCUGAGCAGGCGGAGGCGAUGAAGACAGAUGGGUUCCAGGCAGACACAGAGGAAGAUGAGGAUGAAGCAGACUGUGUCAUAAUCAGCACACAGAAAGGAUCUUCCAGAAAAGAUACCUCCCCCACAGAGAACGAGAGCACAGAACAAAUGGAGGUGACCCCCUCUGACACAGCUGCUCUCUUCUUGCCUCGGGCCACUCCCACCCUGGCCUAAGGACUGCCCCCUGACUCUGGGUGUGUGCGUUUGUCAGAAAUAGAAUCAGGUCUUCAAUCAAGAUAACACACUGGUAGUGGCACACAUGCCACCCACACGGUAUUACAACCCCUCUCUGCUCCGUUAAGUACCAGACAGUGCCUGUGAAAAGGAAAGUGUCUGACAAAGAAACUCAUUGGUGUAUUUUGUUCCAYUGUUAAACCAUUCAUUACUUGGUUCAGUUGGAAUGUCAGACAUGUUUAUAUGGAUGUCUUUGCUUGGUGAGGAGUUGGAGAUGGCUCAGACAGUCAAGGCUCUUCUACCACAGCCGAUUGGGUGGACCAGUGCCCACUGAAGUAGUUGCUGUCUGCUUCACCGUAGGCCCAGUAACUUUUAUAUAUGUAUUUGUUAAAAAAAAUAUAUACUUGAACUGGUUGAAUUAAUUAAAAAUAAAUAAUGAUUAAAUGUACUGCACUUUUAUAUGCCCUCCCCCUGCCUUAUCUGGAUCCCUUUAUCAACACGCUACCACUCAUCCAUCCUUUCAGGAAGUACUUCAUGUUUAGUUAAUGGGUUUCAUUCAAUAUGGCAAGUGCUGAUGUCUUUCAGGCUGCUAACGUAGUGCUUAUUGUACUAUUCUAAACCUCUAUUUUGUGUUAAUAAUGGUUGAGGUGGAAUAGUAAAUGGCUGUCCAAUAUUAAAAACAUUGCGGUUUGCCUUACAUUUUUGUGGCAGAGAAUGCUCUCCUGUCACAACUGUUGCAGUUUGCAGGUAUGAUUUAAGGUGUCUCAAUUUCUUUAAAUAAAGCAUUAUUUAAAAAUGAA